AUGGGGCUACCUAGCACGCACGGGCCCGCGAAGUCCAUGAUCCCAGCAGAGAUCAUCGAAAGGACGCCGUCUGCACAGCAGACGGCUGACGAGCGGCGCGCAGGCGUCGGCGGGCGGGCGCGGGAGUCGCAUGUCGGGUCUCCGGAAGAAGAGCCGUACGGACGGGCGUCCAAGAACCCGUUCAAGAAGCUGUUUGGGCGAUCAAAGUCGCAUCACGUGAGCGCCAAGACGCACGGGGCGGACGGGCACCAUGCGGGCGGGGCGGGACACGGGGCGCACAUCAACGGCGUGGGGUUUGCGCGGUCGCCCAGCAACUCCUACCUGCACAAGCCAGGUAAGGCUGGCGCGGUGCUGCCGUCGAUCGCGCUGCACAACUCGAACCCGUUUGCGAACGGCGGGCGCAAGCCAAGCGUGGAGUCGCCGUUCUCGGUGCUGGGGACGGGCACAGACGUGGCGUCUCCCCGGGAGCCGCACGCCGCGGUGCUUUCGUCGCGCAAUGCGUCGCAUCACCUCGGCACUAACAUGUACACGCCGUCUAUCUCCGUGCAGUCGUCGCGAAGCCUGAGCUAUUAUCAAACGGAGGGCCAGGAUAAGCACGAGAAGAUGCUGCCGCUGCCCGUCAAGAACCCGAAUGACGAAUUACCUGUCUCGUUGAAGCAGCCGAGCGUGCUGCUUACAGACAACUUUUCUUUUCCCUCGGGGGCAGACGGCGAGCGCAAGGUGAUCGGGGAAGGCGGCUCCAGCCAGGUGGUCACGAUUGUUUCUAAUUACCGCAGGUCUGGCGUGUAUGCGCUCAAGCGCUUCAAGAUGUUCUCGUAUGAGGAGCCUGAGGAAUUCUACCAGCGGUGUAUGAAGGAAUAUCUGAUAGCGAAAAAACUUGACGGUCAUAUCAAUAUCAUCAAGACAUUUUAUCUAAUGAAGGUACCGUCUUCGGCCACAAACGGUGUUAAGAGAAGCUGGGCUUUUGUCAUGCAACAGUGUGUCCAGGACAUGUACUACUACACAACCCUAACGGGGUGGCAUAAUAAGCCGCUCGAGGAAAAAUGGUGCUGUUUUAAGCAAAUAGCACGUGGUGUACGGCAAAUGCACAAUCUAGGGAUUGCACAUCGAGAUAUCAAACUGGAAAAUGUCCUCGCAACGGAUUACGGCGCGCUCAAGCUGACGGACUUUGGUGUCUCCACUUAUGCCAUAGAGUCACCAGACGAUCCCAGCAGUCCCAGGAUCAAGCUCAAGGGCUUCUGUGGCUCACCGCCACACGUUCCUCCGGAAGUCAUGAUCCUGAGCUCCGAGAAAAGGAAAAAAACUCCUGUUCCCGAGAACAAGCUUGAGUACGAUCCUUUUUCCAUGGACAUGUGGGCCCUCGGGAUCGUGAUGUGGUCGCUGAUCAUACCGACCCCCCCGUUCCAAGAGGCACACAAAGACGACAAUCGUUAUCGCCAGUAUUUGGCCUUUUAUGACCAGUUCACGCGCUACAGCACGAGCUUUAAGAAGCCGAACGUGUACAAGCAAGGGCCUGGGGCGGAACAUCCAGAUUUUUCGAAGUUCCAGAGCACAGACGCUACCCGCGUCUGCCUGCGACUCCUGGAUGCCGACCCUGAGACGCGCUACACUAUGGAGGAUCUGUUCAAUGACCCGUGGUUCCAGUCGAUCGAGACAUGUGUCGAUGAAUACACGGAGGAGCCUGUGAAGGUGCCUGAACUUCGAAAGACGACGGAGGGGAGCGACUCGCCGUUUGCCCACGAUAUCUUUCCGAGCGACGAAGAAACCACCUUGGCGAAUGCCAACGUCACGCAUACUUCAAACCCUUUCCUCGAAAAGCCCGGCCAUGGUGCUGGGGCUAGCAGCUCUUUUGGUAGUGCGCCGACACCCCGCCCCUCCUCAAGCUCUCGGUCUCUGAUCAAUAUUGCAGAGGGCUGCGAGACCGGCGCGCUAGUGCAGGGCUCUGUUGAGCUUCCAACGCUAGACGAGGAAGAAUGCAACGUUGCUAACGGGCUCGCGACCGAGGUCGGAUGCUCGUCUCCGCUGCCGCCGAUUAAGAAAAUCAGCAGUCUCUCGCUAAAUGAAUCCUACAACGGCAGCUUUUUCGCCGCGCACCACUACCAGGACUUUGCCUCACCGACGACCUCCAGCGGCGUAGGCCCUGUUCCCAACGGCCACUCUCUCUCGCGGUCUUCCAGUGUGGCGUCCCGCGGCAGUGGUACAGUGGGCUACACCGGCCCCAACAGCAGCGGAAGCUCCGUCACAUCCAUCGUCCGCUCCAGAAAGAAAAGGACAGUGCACCGCCAUCACGAAUGUAACGGUAAGCCCCUGGCUGGGACCCGCUGA